CGCAUGGCAACGGAGGCAAACAACCAUGUGGGAAUAUCAUGAAAACCAAGCUGCACUGCGGAAUUCUGAUGGAGACUCUGACGGUCAGAAAACGACAUUGAUGUUUAGUGCGUCGAAGAGAGAACUUUUCACGCCAAACAGUGGCUUCAAAACGUUACAUAGACGGCUGAGGUCGACGUGGAAGAUAGUUGUACAUAGAGACGAGAUUACGUUUGAGAAGAUUGCUCAGGCGAGACUUUUGGUAUUCGGUGGGCCGAGGGAAAAGUUCACAGCUAUAGAGUUUGAUGCGAUACGGAAUUAUCUCAGUUCUGGAGGGAGUGUGUUGCUAAUGGUUGGAGAGGGAGGAGAAAUUAAGUUUGAUACAAAUGUUAACUUUUUGCUGGAAGAAUAUGGAAUCAUGAUUAACACUGAUAGUGUAGUGCGGACUGUGUAUUAUAAAUAUUUUCAUCCUAAAGAAGUUUUAGUGUCAGGUGGUGUGUUGAAUAGAGAGAUUAACAGAGCAGCUGGAAAGGCGAUACCAGGGCAGAUAGAAAUAGAAGGAGAAAACAACGAGCAAUGCUUGACAUUCGUCUAUCCCUUCGGUGCAACAUUAAAUGUUCAAAAACCAUCAGUUGCUGUUUUAUCUUCCGGCAGUGUUUCUUUUCCUCUCAAUCGACCUGUAUGUGCCUUUUACAAAUCAUCAAGUGGGUAUGGUCGAUUGGCAGUCAUGGGCUCUUGUCACAUUUUUUCUGAUCAAUACAUAGACAAAGAAGAAAACAGCAAGCUGCUGGAUGUUAUAUUUCAGUUUCUUACUACAGAUGAUGUUCAGUUGAAUUCUAUUGAUGCAGAAGAUCCAGAGAUAUCGGACUAUCAGUACAUUCCUGAUACGUCAAGGCUAUCAGACAGAUUGCGUGUUUGUCUUCAGGAAGGAGAUGAGGUUCCAAGAGAUUUUACUAAAUUGUUUGACAUGAAAACAUACCAACUCGACAUCACUUUACUUCCAGAUGCUAUCAGAACAUUUGAUGAACUGAGGGUCAAACACGAUACUCUUACGUUGAUUCAGCCACAGUUUGAAACACCGUUACCUCCGCUUUCACCUGCAGUUAUUCCACCGUUGUUUCAAGAGCUUCAUCCUCCAUCACUUGAUCUCUUUGACCUCGAUGAGCAUUUCUCAUCAGAGAAAGUUCGACUGGCUCAGAUAACUAACAAAUGUACUGAUGAUGAUUUGGAGUAUUAUAUUCGAGAAUGUGGAGACAUACUAGGAAUAACCGGCAAGCUGGCAUCUGACUGUAAAGAUGCGAAACACAUUUUAGAGUAUGUGUUUGCUCAAGUAGUGGAAUUCAAGAAAAUGAAUCAGGACAUUGAUUUGGACGUCCCACAAGCUUCUGCUGUUGUGGAUGGUGCAGAGGCACCAGUGUCACCAACAGACAUGCGAUAACAGGGUGUGUUUGUUGAUGACAUUGAACUGUAUAUUUGGUAUUAUGAGGUACAGUGUGCAUAAUUACAGAUAAUGGGAUUGAUGGCA